AUAUACAGUCUUUGAGUCAAUGGACAUGCAGUUCAUACCAUACACUCAAAAAAAAAUGUCCAGUAUUGAGUUAAAGGGUUGAAAAUGUGACAGGAGAGAAUUUAUUUAGAUAAGCAAAAAAGGAGAAAUGAUAUCAGGUGUGCAUGAAAGGGAGGGAUUUAUUAGAAUCGCAUCGCAAGGUUUUCUGAAUGACAAAAGGAAUAUCAUUUUGACGUAAAAUAUCUUGAGCACUAGCCGAUAAAAAUUUUUCUUUGAUAACAAAGCAGCGACCAUCUCUAAAGCAAAGUAUUUGGCAGGGGCCAUGAUAGGUGAUAGCCGUUAAAGCCUGCAAGGUAAGAAACCUGGUCCAGAAUUUCAUUGUGAUCUCAGACAGUGAGACUCUAUUGGAGUGGAAGGCAUAAAUAUAAUUGGCUUUCACAGAGUGUAUUUAAAGAAAUUGAUAUAUUACAUAAAUAUUUUCUAAGUAGGGACUUGGUGGAAGUCAUUAUCUAUUAAUGAAUAAAGCAGGUCAAGAUUUUUUGGUCUUAUCUGUCCAUGACAAGGAAAUACACUGUUGAAACAUAGGGAGGUCUUCUUUUUAAUGUUUUUAACAGUCGGAAUUUUUCAAUGUUUCAUUGUGACAGACAUUUGUCUUCCUUUAAAUUGGCUUGUCAAACAUCAAUCAAGGAAUUCCAUCAGAGAAAGGUAAAAAUGUUCGUUGUAAGCUUAUCUGAUAUAUGUUUACAAUGAAAUGGGAGUUGUAAAAAAGUACGUCAUUAAGAGAGUCUGUACAUAAUUUUGUGUCAGUGGACUUAAGAACACUCCUGCAAAUAUUUUACUUGAAGUUUUUCAUUUGUCAACCUUCAAAAGAAGAACAAACAAUUCUUUUUUUCAAUUGUUUCCCUUUCAUCUGCUGUCAAGCAAUUUCAACAAUUGUACAUUUAAAUUUCUAAGACUGUAAUUAUCAUUGUGGAAGAGAUAAAAUAUCCUCAAGCACUCUCCACCUUAAGAAGAUUUUCAGCCAAUUAUGUCAAGAAUGAGAGCGCCAAGCUGAUAUUGGAAUGUAUUGUAAUCCCCAACACAAUCAAACCUUUUUUUCCUAUUUGCAGUGAAUUUGUGUAGCUGGUCUGAUUCAGGUCAUUUGUUUGUUGUACAAGGAAAAUAUUAGAUCUAAAGCAAACCAGGCAUGGAGACUGGACCACAACAAUAGGUCUGGAUUCUUUCACCAAAAAAAGAUCAAGAUUAAGAUUUUCCAUCAUUUCUCCUUUUCAAGUCAAAAGGAGGUCACAUUCUUCGUUACAAAGUAGUUGGUGACUCUAUGAAAUCAUGCAAGGUGUGGAGAAUAGCACUUGAAUUCUAUAUAACCAGGGAAGCAAGGAAGUGAGAAGGAAAGAUUCAAGGAAAAAAUGUGAUAAAAUGUGUUUAUCCUUUUGCUUUGGAGUGUUUAUAACACUUUCCCUAGUGUUUCAUCUGGGAGAGUUAGCCCUUAAUACACUGUUCCUAGCAGAGAUUUAUCGGGAGAGUUCUGUGACAUGGUUCACGAUCAUUGCUGGACUCCUAGGGUUACCGCUGGUUACCAUUCAGUUUGUGUCCAUCUUACUGAUUCUUCAGAAAAAGAAUGGGGAUAAGACUAAAUCUGGCAAAACUCUGCCAGUUUUAUUACACAUCUUCCAACUUGGAUUUGUGUGGAGACAUCUAAAAAUUCUGUUUGAAUCUGAUAUUAAAACCAAGAAGCAUGCCCUUGCAGACUUAUCACUUCUUUGUUUGUUUUACACCUUUUCAGCCAGUCUUCCGGUUCUGGCCAUACAAGGCUUUAUGAUAAUUACAACAAACAGUUCAUUGAUUGUUCAAUGUGCAGCCGGUAUCAAUUUACUCUCCAUUUCUUGGGGUCUUGCGAGUUUCAGGAGACAAUAUGAUUCCAAUGAAUUUGAGAAUGUGGUCCUUACGUGGCCAGGAACUCUGUUUCGUCUUCUUUGGAGGAUCGGGGAAAUUACUGCGCGGGUUCUUUCCCUGGGAAUUUUUGCCAGCCUGUAUUUCUCCUGGAUAUUCCUAGUGAUAUGUCUCCACUGGAUAACAAUGAUGUGCUGUGUGUGUUCAUCAGUCCUGGGAAAUGUUAAUGUGGUGGGCAUGAACAAGGGACAUAAGCUCAUCAUGAGUGGACUCGUGUCCUACAUUUACAUCUUCUGCCAUGUGAACAUGAGUGUUGAAAAGUCCAAGUUCCAUUACAUUACAUUUUAUACCAUCAUGUUCUUAGAAAACAGCUUAUUGACUGUAAUUUGGUUUUUCACAGCAAAAGACACAAAUAACUUCAAAGUGCAUGUCAUCGUUUUCAUCACUGGACUUGCUUUUGUCAUAUCAGUUAUUUCCAUGUUGGUGUAUUAUCGAUUCUUCCACAUUCCAUCUAUGAAGAUUUCACUUUAUGGAAAAGACAAAAUAUGUGUUCAAGAUGGCUGUAUAAACUGUAAACUCAGUCUAUGUGCAAAGCACAGUCAUCUCCUCCAGAGACCUUUCAGUGCAGGAUGGGUCAGCCAAUACCAAAAAGCUCUCCAUGAUGGCAACUAUUACAAAAAUCUCUUACAAGACUCAUUUAUUGACUCAAUGUCUGAAUGGGAGACAUGUUCCUCAACCACAGCAUCGUCUAAACAUUCCAAGAACACAACCUCAACUGGGCGAAAGAGCAAAAAAGUUCCUAUCCAGUUGUCAGGCACAUACAGCCAUAGACACUUUGUGGAUGCGGAUAUUGUGGAGAACGUGUGUUGUGAUUCUGAUACGGAUGCCUCUACCACAGAAACCCAUCGGAUGUCAUCUAGUGAGGACUCAAUCAUCAGUGAGCUCUCCAUUCAGUUUCCUCCGCAGGGAAUGGGGGUGUCAGACAAGAAGAAGCUAUUGACCGAAAACUGGGACAACCUUAUGCAAGUGGAUAAUCCUGCUUUUGAGAAAAGCAAUUCGGUGCACCCUCUAUUUGCAUUUCGCCCAAUAUCCGCCCAGAGCUUAGAAGAAUGGUACUCCGAUGGCUACAGUACAGACCACACGUCUGACUACCAACUACCAGUUACAGUGUUGGCCAAACACAACCGCAAUUCCAUGUCCAUAGCCAGUUCCGACUGCACGGACUGUACAGUCUGUAAAUAUAUGAAAGCAUUCAAUGCUAGGCGAAGAUAUCCCAAAGCACCAAGUUCCAUAGUUUCAAGGCAUGAGAGAAUAGAAGAGGAAAGUGAAGAGAAGUUGCAUGCUCUGGACAAACUAGAGACCCCCAGGAGUGGGGCCUGGUAUAACUGCAGUGAGUCCGGGGACAGUGCUUUCCCUCAGGAAAACUUCAGCUCCAGCAACCUGGACACAACAUUAUCUGAGGAGGAGGAGGGGGUGUUUGAGACAGGGGCAGAAAUCAUCAUCUAAAAUGUUUUAUGUUUUUGCAGUUUCAUCAAUUUUUUUCCCAUUCAUUACAGUACUUUGAUUGAUGGAGAGACAUUUAAUUUGAAAUGAAAUUUGUUUUAUGAAUCUUGUUCUUAAAGGAACUAAACUCUAGUUCUUCAAGAGAGAUAUUAAGGAAAUUGUUAAAAUAUUUUUUGCUUAAAAAUGUGUGAAAACUUUUGAGAAUUUAUAUUUACUGCCUUUAUCUUAUUGAUCGAUUUUACAAAUGUAUAUUUUAAUGGCUUUUCUACCUCAGUGAUCAAAGGUUUUCAUGAGAACUCUUCAUAAACGAAAUAUGGCAGGUUUAUACAUGAGUGAUUAUGUUAUAUGUCAGUGACACUCUUUUAUGGAUUUUCUUCAAGGUUCAUUUAACUUAUAGAAAGUGAAAAAAGCAAGAUUGAAUAGUUAAUAUCUGCAAGGGUCUCGUAAAAUUGGUCCUUUAAUGCGUUGGAUUUUGUCCACAGAAUGUAAAAGUGUGAAGACUUUUUCAUAGAAGAUGUAACGAGAUUUGAAACAUUCUUGUACUGUAAGAAGUACCAGUAUACAAUUUGUUGGUCAGUGUCUACAAAAUCAAAGAACAGGAAAUCUACCUCAGAAUCCUAACCAUUUUCAAAAUUCAAAAUUUUAAAACAGUGCAUGUCCUUUUGUUUGUUUUUCCUCAUAUUAGAGUUUUUAUUUUCCAUAGUGAUGCUGUUGUUAAUUUUGUAAGAUAAAUACAUGUAUUGUUACUUGUCUUGUUACAGAAAUAUUUAUAAUUUUGUAUAAAAAUAAAAUACAUGUAACCUUUAA